AUGAGUGAAGGUUGUACAAGUGCGCCUAUUUUUUUGUUGUGCAAGUAUAAUGGUUGCACAUUUGCAAUUAAGAUUGAUCAAAAUGUUACAUAUGAUCAGUUGGUUGAGAAGGUAUGUUUGAAAUUGGAUAAUUUGCAAUCUGAUAAUGUUUAUCUAUCUUACUCAUUGCCUGGACAUCCUAAUUGUACGUUGGACAACAAUGAGGAGUUAGAUUUGUUGUUAGCAUUAGUUGUGCAUUUUGAUUCAAAAUGUAUUGAUGUUAUUGUGAGAAUAAAAGACUCAACCAUUGACUGUGGUUAUCUCAACAAAAGAUUGGAUUAUGGAGAAAGAGAGACAAUGUUGGAUCUUGAAGUUUGUGAUAUUGCAUUCUCUCAUGACAGCAGUAAGUCUGUGAACUUGUCAAACAGAGCAUCUAUAUCCUCCAAAAGGAAUUCGAGGUUGGAGGUUGAAGAAGAGGUUGAUAUGUUAUCAUCAUUUUGUCGACACAAGGAAAAAGUACUGUUGUCUGCUAGUUGGGCAGUUAGUAUUACACAUGUAGGACAAAAAUUUGAAGGUGGAAUUGUUGAAUUUCGUAAUGCAUUGUCGAAGUUUUCUAUUGAGUGCGGAUUUGAGUUCAUAUUUGUUAAGAAUGAUAAAGUUCGUGUUACAGCACAAUGUUUGUUUAGAGAGACAAAAGGUUGUAUGUGGAAUGUUCAUGGUAGAGUGGAGAAUGCUAAUGAGUUCUUUUAUAUAAGGAAGUUGAACAAUGUCCACACAUGUGGUGCUGAAGUACGUACGAUGAAUCAUUCUCGUAUGAGUUCUGAUUUAGUUGCUAAUUUGAUUGUUGAAGGUGUUCGUGAUAAUCCAUUGACACAUCCAGUUCAUGUUAUUCAGGAUUUUAAGUUGGGGUAUGGGUUGAGAGUUAGUUAUCGUCAAGCUUGGUUGGGGGUAAAGAAAGUAAAAUGUGAGAUUUUUGGAGACUACUUAAUGUCAUUUGACCAGUUAAGAUGGUAUGUGGAUGUUGCAAAGAGUUGCAAUCCAGGGAGUUACAUUGAGUUUGAGUGUGAUGAUGAUACUAAACGGUUUAAGAGAUUAUUUGUUUCUUUUCAUGGUUCCAUUGGUGGAUUUGAUUAUUGUCGACCUCUCUUAUUCCUUGAUGGCACAUUUUUGAAAGGAAGAUUUAAAGGAAAUUUACUUGCUGCUACAGGAAAAGAUGGAAAUCAAGGGUUCUUUCCUGUUUGUUUUGUAGUUGUUGGCUCAGAGAAUCAAGAUAACUGGCGUUGGUUUUUGGAGCAUUUGAGUAGAAUUGUUUCACCAGAACGAAAUAUUACAUUUGUGUCAGAUCGUAACCUUGGAUUAGUUGAAGUGUUGCCAAAGGUUUUCCCAAUGGCUUUCCAUGCUUAUUGUUUAUAUCAUUUGAAGAUGAACUUGAGGCAUAAUUUGCGUGGUAUGUUUCAUGGAUUGAAAGAAAAGUUGAUCACUCUGUUUGGGAAAUGUGCAUAUGCUCUAACUGAAGAAACAUUUCAUCAAUGUUUGGUUGAGUUAAAGACUGAAGGUGGGUCAAGAGUUGAAAAGUUUUUAGAUGACAUACCAUAUGAUCAUUGGAGUAAUGCAUAUUUUCGAGGGCAACGCUUUGGAGAGAUGUGGUCAAAUGUAGCUGAAUCUUUCAAUUCGUGGAUACGAGAGGAACGCCACUUGCCUAUCACAAAGUUGAUUAAUAGUGUAAGAAUUAAGUUGAUGAGGAAAAUUGCAAAGAAGAGGGAACUUGUUAAUAAAUGGAAUGGUUUGAUAUGCCCUAAAAUGGAGUCGAAGUUGCAUGAUGGUUUUAAUACUUCGAGGCCAUGGACUGUUAGUUCAUCUGGAAAUGAUGUCUAUAGUUAUCGAGAGUUCUAUUCUUUUCCCAUAUAUCCGGUUCCUUCAAUUUGGAAACCAAAUUGUAAUGUUGAUGGUGAUAGUGAAGUUGUUUUUCCUCCUUUGUCUAAGAAGCAACCAGGAAGGCCAAAUAAGAAAAUGAUCCGUUUGAAUGGUGAGAAAGUAAGGCAAAUUACUUGUAGUAGAUGUGGGAAAGUUGGCAAUCACAAUAAGAAAUCGUGUAAGGAGGCUUUGUGA